AUGGGCAGCUUCGCAUGCCAGGAUGAUGUUGAAGAAGAAAACUCAGCAUUCACCUGGGAAGUGAAAGCCAACGACCAUGCCUUCAACUGUCAGUUCAAGGAGAAGGUCUUCCUGUGUCGGCAGCGUGAGAAAUAUAAGACCAAUGUUAUCCGCACCUCCAAGUACAAUAUCUUCACCUUCCUGCCCCUCAACCUGUUUGAGCAGUUUCAGCGCCUUUCCAACCUCUACUUCCUCUUCAUCAUCAUCCUCCAGGCCUUGCCAGAAAUCUCCACCAUGCCUUGGUUUACCCUCUUCAUUCCACUUGUCCUCCUCCUCCUCCUCCGAGCCACACGGGACCUAGUGGAUGACAUCAGGAGACAUAGGAGCGACAGAAUUAUCAACAAAAGACCCUGUUGGAUCCUGGAGGAGAAUAGGUUCAUCCGGAGAAAGUGGGAGAACAUCUGUGUGGGGGACGUGAUCUGCCUGCAAAAUGAUAGCAUCGUCCCGGCCGAUUUACUACUACUGACCAGCUCUGAGCCCAGCAGCCUGUGCUAUGUGGAGACCGCAGACAUCGACGGGGAGACCAACCUGAAGUUCAAACAAGCACCCAGGAUCACACACAAGGAACUCACGUCUAUCUCAAAGAUGGCAACUUUCCAAGGCAAGGUGGUGUGUGAGGAACCUAACAGCCGAAUGCACCACUUUGUGGGCUGCCUGGAGUGGAUGGGUGAGAAGCAUUCACUGGACAUCGGGAAUAUCCUGCUCCGGGGCUCCAAAGUCAGGAACACGGACAUCUGCUAUGGAAUGGUCAUUUAUGCGGGUUUUGACACAAAGAUCAUGAAGAACUGUGGAAAAAUCCACCUGAAGAGAACCAAGAUCGACCUUCUGAUGAACCGACUAGUUGGCUGGAUCUUUGUCUUCAUGGUGUUCAUUUCCGGAUUGCUCACCUAUGGUUUCCAUCAGAAGGUUCUCCAGUUCAAAGAGAAACAUUUCUACCUGUCCCGCAUUCACCCCUACAGCGUGGCCUCAGAGAGCUUCAUUUUCUUCUGGGCUUUUCUCAUUCUGCUCAGCGUCGUCAUCCCCAUGUCCAUGUUUGCCUUAGCUGAAUUCAUCUACUUGGGUAAUAGCAUCUUCAUCAACUGGGACGGGCAGAUGUACUAUGAACCCCAAGACAUGCCCGCCAAUGCACGCAGCACCAGCCUCAAUGACCACUUGGGACAAGUCCAGUAUAUCUUCUCCGACAAAACGGGCACGCUCACGCAGAACAUCAUGACCUUCAGCCAGUGCUGCAUAGAAGGCAUUGUCUACGGUCCUGAUGACACCACCUCACUUCAGAACCCCUACAGCUGGAACGAGUAUGCUGAUGCGAAUUUGCAUUACUAUAAUGCGAAACUCCUGGAGAUUGUGCGCAAACAGGAGAACCAACUGGUGGUGGAAUUCUGGCGGCUCCUGGCCAUCUGCCAUACGGUGAUAGUUCAUAAAAAGAACAACCAGUUGAUGUACCAGGCGGCUUCCCCUGACGAGGCGGCACUGGUGACGGCAGCCCAGAAUUUUGGCUACGUGUUCAUAGCCCGCAGCCAGGACAGCAUCACGGUGCUGGAGCUGGGGAAAGAACGGGUGUACCGGGUUCUGGCCAUGAUGGACUUUAACAGCACACGGAAACGCAUGUCGGUGCUAGUGCGCAACCCUGAAGGUGCCAUCUGCCUGUACACCAAAGGUGCCGACACCAUCAUUUUUGAGCGAUUACAGAAGAAGGGUACCAUGGAGAAGGUCACCGAGGAGAUGUUGGAAUCCUUUGCCCAGAAGACCCUGCGGACCCUGUGCGUGGCUUUCAAGAAUGUGGAUGAGGACACGUUCCAGGACUGGAACCGGCGCCACCAGCAAGCCAGCAUUUUGCUAAAGAAUCGUGCCCAGGUGCUGCAGCAGUUGUAUGAUGAGCUGGAACAGAACCUCCAGCUGCUGGGAGUAACAGCGAUUGAGGACAAACUCCAGGAUGAGGUUCCUGAGACCAUCCAGUGCCUCAAGGACGCGGACAUCAAAGUGUGGGUACUCACAGGGGACAAGAAAGAGACCGCUGUGAACAUCGGUUAUGCCUGCGGCCUGUUUUCCGAGGGCAUGUACAUCAUGGAGGAACAGGAGAUAUUAGACAUUCUGAAGAGCUGGAAAAACAGCAGUGACCAUCACGGACUGCUGAUAAGGAAGCGGUGCCAUUUACCCACGAUAUUCUCCAAGCAUGACAAAGUAGCCAUGGUUAUCACCGGGAACAUGCUGGACCAGCUACUCACGUCCUUGCGCCAAGAGCCUAGGGCCCCGUCCCCGAACCUCCUGCAGCAGCCGCGACUGUCCCGACUGUGGCAGACACUCGAGGCCCCGCUGCACAGAACCAGGCUGAUAUUUAGGUGCAAAUCCAGCCAGACCCAAGAAGCGAAGCAAGAACAGAUCUUCGUGGAUCUGGCCUCGAAGUGCCAUGCUGUCAUCUGCUGCCGCGUGACCCCCAAGCAGAAGGCCCUGAUUGUGUCUCUGGUCAAGAAGUACCAGAAAGUGGUGACCCUGGCCGUGGGAGACGGUGCCAAUGACGUCAACAUGAUCAAGACUGCGGACAUUGGUGUGGGGCUGGCAGGGCCGGAGGGUCUGCAGGCCGUGAACAACAGUGACUUCUCGGUGGCUCAGUUCUCCUACCUCCGGCGUCUGCUGCUGGUGCACGGCCGCUGGUCAUACAUGCGCAUUUGCAAGUUCCUGCGCUACUUCAUCUACAAGACCGCAGCCAGUAUGAUGGUGCAGCUCUGGUUUUCCUGCUACAACGGCUUUACCACUCAGCCAAUGUAUGAGGGCUGGUUCCUGGCUCUCUUCAACCUGCUUUACAGCACCCUCCCCGCGCUCUACAUUGGACUCUUUGAACAGGAUGUGAGCGCAGAGGAGAGCCUGAAGCUGCCAGAGCUGUACACUUUGGGCCAGCAGGACAAACUGUUCAACUACUUUGUCUUCCUGCAAGCCGUGGUUCACGGCAUGCUCACCUCGCUAGUCAACUUCUUCAUGACCUUCUGGGCCAGCACGCACGGGCUUCCUGGCCUCAACGACUACCAGUCCUUCGCCGUGGUGCUCGCUCUCUCCUGCCUGCUGACUGUCACGUUGGAGAUUAUAGUGAUCAUUAAGUAUUGGACCGUCCUGGCGGUACUAGCCAUCAUCAUCAGCCUGUUAUCUUACUUCAUCAUCACCCAGAGCAACCAGACCUAUGCUUUCUUCAGACUCUCCCCCAAGGCUUUUCCGUUUUUGUAUGCCGACCAACUGGUGCUGAGCCAGCCCUUCCUCCUGCUGGUCAUUCUCAUGAACAUCUCCCUGAACACGCUUCCGGCUCUGGCCUUCCGCUUCCUGCAGGAGAUAGUCAAGAAGCCUCUCCAGAAAGUGAGGCUGGAAGCCACAGGCCAGCCGAAUGUAGAGGUCACAAAGGACACCACCCCCAGUCUGAAGCGUCAAUUGAAUUCCCGGCGCUCCAGCUAUGCCUUCUCCCAUCUGGAGGGCUAUGCAAGCCUUAUCACUCAAGGCACAGUUAUGCGGAGGGCCACAGAGAUCCACCCCAACUUGCCGACUGACCUCAACUUCAAGGAGCAGGAAACCAGCAAGCCGCAGUCCUGGGACUCCAGGAAGAUGUCAUGGCUGGGGAGGAAGAGACGCUUGCUACACCAGGGCAUCAUGUCCUCUGAGGACUCCCAGCCUGCCUUCCCACUUGGCUUCUGUCUGGAGGAAAGGUCUUCUGAAGACCUGGAGAAACCAUCUUCCUUCCCCAAACACUAGCCCUCUGUCACCAAGGUGCCCUCUGGUUCCUUCCAAGUCUCAAGUCACAAGAGAGCCAGUGGGAGCUGUGGGCUCACUGGCCUGCUUCCAUAAGGCCAACCCAGGAAAGAGUAUUCUCCUUGGAGGAGAAGGUCUCCACCAUCCCUGAGAGCCACUUGUAGCAUUUUCUGAGUCAACCACAGCUGUUGGUGAGUCACUGAAGAAGAUGCUCACUUGGAAGUCCUAUUUGUCCUUCCUUAGGUCACAGAAGAAAGAGUUGGGUCCCCAUUUCCCAUUACCACCAGAGG